AAAUUCAGUCUGGACCAGCGACUGGUCACCCACAUUCUUCAAAAUAUAUUUUUUUGUGUUCAGCCAAGAAAUAAAUUAAUUUUUGGGACAAUGUGACAGUGAGUAAAUAAUGAGAAAUGAAAUUGUGGGGUGAUCUGUCCCUUUAAUGACAGUCACAUGUUUAAUAGGCCUACUGUCCCUUUAAGACCUGCAACCAUCUAAUAUAAAGGCACGUAUUUUCUCUAAACUGUUUAUUUUCAUUUUAGACAUGACCAACUGGGUCUACAUGUAAACCUUGUGUGUUUUGACAGUAUUAGCGCAAAAGAUAACUUGGUUCAAUAAUCAGGCGCUGUUUGACAGGCUUAUGCGCACAUGCUUCGGGUGUAUAUGCUCAGAAAAAGCACAGGUCAGACCAGCAUGCGAAUGAAACCUUUAAAAGCACACGCAGAUAACGAGAGAGUAACUCUAGCACUGAGUUAACACUGCUGUGAAUGCAUGUGGUGUUGUACAGGAUAUGACAGAGGCAUCAGAACAGCAGCUGAUAAAAUGUAGCACCAUACGAUAUUUCUUCAAAAGCAGAUCGUGGAGACAUUUUUAUCGUCCAUGAUCAAAAAUCGUUAUAUCGCACACCCAUAACGCCAGUGUGCAUUUUCAUUUUACAUUCAGUGCUAUUCGCGAGAAUCACGACAGCAAACUACUGACUUGUCUAUGCAGCUUGAGUUUAUCAGCUCUAUGUUACCAAUGUAGUUUGUUAGUUUGUAGUAAUAGGCUACGUGCACAAGCGUAGUGACGAACUUCCGCUAUUGUCAGAAGUCGGCAUAUCGGUUUCCGGUUUACUUCACCCGCAUCCGCUAUAAAUAAACGAGAUGAGUGCUGCUGCUGUUGUACGAAAAAAGAGAUAUAAUGUGCGUGACACAUCUAAGUUUCUAAAAACUGGGUGGAUCUAAGGAGCACUGCUGUGUGCCACUUUGCUCUGCUUCAAGUCGUUAUAACACCCAUUUGAGCUUCCACCACUUCCCGAAGGACACCAACCUUCGUGCGCAGUGGCUGCACAAAAUUAGGAGGGCACGAUUUUCGGUGACCACCCAUACUAAGGUAUGCAGCCGACAUUUCCACGAGAAGGAAAUUCACACUACUGCUAAGGGUAGACGGGUUUUAGCAGUAGGUUCAGUUCCAUCGUUAUUCGAGUGGAAUAACUACACUACGGCUUCACGGGCCGGUGUUUGGGAGCGCCGAUCUCGACCACCAAGUCCAGAACCUGACCCGCCGGGGCCUGAUGAAGACCUCGAGCAACCAGUCAUGGUCCCGAUGGUCAUGGACCACGACUACGGGGCCAGUCGUACUGUAUGUGUGGACCGGGACAGGUAUGAAAAUGCGUUGAAGGAAAUCGAGGUGCUGAGAGAGCAGCUCCAAACAUUUCAUCUUCAUCACUCCUUUGGACUUAAACGGUUUGCCUCGUCGCCUGAAGACAUCAGAUUUUACACCAGAUUCCCCUCAUACGAGCAUCUGAUGGCAUUCUGGAACCUGAUUGAGGCACCAACAGCAAAAAUUGUUAGGGUCACCAGGGCAAAGAAUACCUAUGCUACUACCACAACAAUUGAAAGCCCUUCAACCAGACCAACUAAACUGCUGCCGAUCGAUGAGUUCUUCCUCUUCCUCACAUACAUGUCCACUGGCUGUACCCAGAGAGAGUUGGGUCAUAGAUUCAACAUCCACAGAGCAACAGUCAGCCGGAUCAUUGUGACCUGGGCCAACUUCCUCUACAGCUUACUGGGCUCGGUCUGUAUAUGGAUGUCUCCUGCAGCUGUGAAGGCCAGUCUUCCACCCGAGUUCAAUGGCAGCUACAGCGACACAGAAGUAGUGCUUGAUUGUACAGAGCUACGGUGUCAAACCCCUUCUUCCCUUCUCCUUCAGAGUGAAGUUUUUUCAAACUACAAGUCCCACUGCACCUUUAAGGCUAUGGUGGGCAUGUCCCCUCAUGGAGCACUGACUUUUGUGUCAGCACUCUUUGAGGGUUCCAUGAGCGACAGGGAGGUGUUUCGUCAGUCAGGGAUUACAUCACUCUUAACACCUGACAUGGGCAUAAUGGUGGACAAGGGAUUCUUGGUGGAUGACCUUGUACCUGGGCCUGUUCAUCGUCCUGCCUUCCUCUCCAAGAGGGCCCAAAUGUCAGAGGUGGAUGUUCUGAAGACGCAGUCCAUUGCCCGUUUGAGGGUGCACAUUGAAAGGUUAAUCAGAAGAGUAAAAGAGAAUAAACUGUUUGAUACCACUAUCCCUCUCUCCAUUGCCGGGAGCAUUAACCAAAUCUUCACCGUCGCCUGUCUCCUCUCAAACUACCAGAAACUCUUUGGAUGAGCAUGUCUUCCUCGGCUGAAACUACAA